CUCUCCCUCUGUGCAUGUGUCUCUAAGCAAUAUGGCAAUCCAUAAGCACAUUGCAUUUCUUCUACAAUUUUUUGCUAGUUGCUCUUGUUUUUGACAUCGCCAAUGGCUAUCCGCUAAAGUUAGGGUUCUACCAAAAGACGUGUCCCAGAGCUGAGGCUAUUGUAAAAAGGACAACAGCAAACUACAUUUAUCGUGCUCCUUCUCUUGCUGCUGCUUUGCUCCGAAUGCAAUUUCAUGAUUGUUUUGUGAGGGGAUGUGAUGGUUCUAUGCUGAUAAACUCUACCACAAGUAACCAAGCCGAGAAAGACGGAAUUCCAAAUCUUUCCCUCAGAGGAUUUCAAGUUAUUGAUGCUGCAAAAACUGCUGUAGAAGGGGCAUGUCCUGGUGUUGUCUCUUGUGCAGACAUCCUAGCUUUGGUAGCUCGAGAUGCAAUCUACCAGAUUAAGGGCCCAUAUUGGCAAGUGCCAUUAGGGAGAAGAGAUGGAAGAGUAUCAAUAGCAUCCGAGAGUUUUACACUACCUGCUCCUUUUGCCAACAUUACUCAACUCAAAGCACAAUUUGUCUCCAAGGGUUUGAACGUUAAAGAUCUGCCCGUUCUUUCAGGUAUUUAA